AUGUUAUUGUGGGAGGGAAAGGAGAAGGAGAAGGAGAAGGAGAAGGAGAAGGAGAAGGAGAAGGAGAAGGAGAAGGAGAAGGAGAAGGAGAAGGAGAAGGAGAAGGAGAAGGAGAAGGAGAAGGAGAAGGAGAAGGAGAAGGAGAAGGAGAAGGAGGGACAACUGGUUUUUGAGGCGUAUAUUUGGGAGAGUAAACCCUAUGAGGAGUGUGCGAGGGAAGUAGGGAUGGAGGCACUGAAGUGGGUGGAGUUUGUGGAUCCUUUGGUGGAGGGGGUGGUUUUUGAGGGGUUUUUGGAUAGGCUGCAUUUUAGGUGUUUUGUUGUUGAGAGAGCUGGAGAAUAG